AUGGCAGGCCUUUUUUCUCGCCUCAAGGGCAAGGAUGGCAAGUCCAAAAAGAAAGGCGCAAACGAUCCUACACAGCAGCUACCACAAAAACCACAAUGGACAGACGCCUGGGCACGCACAUAUGUUGAGCCUGAAGAAGUCCACGAGCUGAUCCGAUGUUGCACAGAAGAGCUCAAAGCUCGAGGUCUGGACCACCCUUUCCUCUUGUUGCCAUACCGUCCCACCUCCGAUCCCAGCGCAGUUCGUUCUUUUAUUCGCCAUUUCUUCGAAUCCCAUGCCAACUUACGGGGAGAACAACUUACACAAGAGCUUCGCAUGACAGAACCUAUGGUGGUUUCCGGAGUUGCUAAGUGGUGCUGGAGUCGCAUUCAGGGGGGUAUCGUUGGCUGGGAUGCAUAUGAACUGUUCAAAGUGGGAGAAAUUGACUCGAACAUGGCCCGAGACUCUUUCAAAACGUUCAUUCCUAUCAGUGUUGAGAAUGGUGCCCGUCAGCGCAUUAUCUUCGACUUCUUCGACCUACUGGCCGCUGUUGCAGCGCACGGAAAGUCCAAUGGCCUAGGAGGACGAAAGCUUUCACGAAUGGCAGCAUGGUGGGCAUUCGAACAUAAAGAUACUAACAAGGGUUUUGAAGGAGGUUAUGAUGCUUGGCUGCGUGCCGCCGAUGCCACAAGCCAUAUGUUCUUCGCUUUCCUCAGAUCACUCUCACCUGAGCAAAACGUCACUGGCAUUACGAUGCUUCCCAGAUCCCUCCAGAAACUACUUCAGGAAACCGAGUAUCCUCCUCAACGACCUUCUCUCAUGAUGUCAACCACAAACAAAGUUGUCAUGAUUGUGGAUACCGUAUCGCCAACUCCUUUUGCGCUCCUUCGGAGAGCGAACCACUUCCAAUAUCGUGAUUCGGACCGCGCAUUACAAGAGUUUUCCGAGUACGACGACCCUGUGCAGGCUUUGACGGACGAAUGCCGCCGAGUUCUCAAAGCUAUUUCUGGUGCCAAUCAGUCACAAGCUUCAAGCUCAAAGCACUCUACAAGCUUGCGCGACGCCUCCUGGUCACGAUUCGAGGAUAUUGGCUUCUCUUCUACGCUAGAUGAGGACGACGACGAUGACGACAGUGCUUUGACCUACAAACGCCAGCCACCCGCUCUGCGAAGAACCCCUGCGUCUGGUAACGGACUGGGUAGACCGACAACCCCGUCUUGGGCCGACUUUCUUUCUUCGGGAUUCGUGGAUGAAAACCAGCCUGCCCGGUCAAACUUGCUUCUACCCCCUGACAAGGUUCUGCCCCCUCUCGAAACCCAGAGACAACAUAGUUCUCAAUCGCAUCGACCAAGGCUUGAACAUGAUCACUCGCUUGAGCCCGGGGAGCUCGCAAGUAUUGCAACAUUUUUGCUGGACGAUUCGUUCUGGUGGGUUUGGAUGUCCAGUCUUGCCCCUGAGGAGACUGCAGAGCGCAAGUCGGCCUUUGGGCGAUGCGCCGUCAUCGAAACCAAGAUCACUAGUGGCCGUUGGCUCGUGAUGGAAGAAAUGGUUGCCGGCGCAGCUCCUGAACCUCAGGCGGGUGCAUACAUUGCAGAGAAGAAGGGUCUCUUUAGCUGGACAAAACGUGGGAAGGGCCUCGGCCGACGGAAGUCGACAGCCAAUAAGUCAGUCGAGAAUAUUGGCCAGGGCACCAGCAAGGCCAGCAUAGGUCCCGAUACUCACGCCAGAAUCCAAGCCAAGGCUGCGCAGCUUCGUGCGCAGGAACAGCAAGGGAAGAAGCAAGCUCAACAGCCCCUGUACCAGCGACGUGGCCGAACUGAUGCUGAGCUCAUGGCCGAGAAGACUAAUAGCGUUCUUACCCUUCAGCCCACAAUCAUUGGCGAGGCUUCAUCAGCAUUGAAGUGGGUUUCUAAGUAUGAUAAGGGAACGAUUAAGGAUUUGUACAUGGCCAACAACAAUGCGGGUCGUGGAACUAUGGUAUCGCCAAUUCCAUCUGAGAGUAUAAACGGUGACGCUGCUUCAAACAGUGGCACACAAGCCCCGGAUCAGCCUCCGCAGGUGCCCGUUAAGGACGUGUUAUCCCCGAUCACGUCGCCUACUUUCUCGCCCACUUCGAACGAGACAACGAGGAAACCCCUCCCACAGCCAGAACAUCCCGUCGAGGUCCAGCCACAAACUGAGUCUGUUCAGGCACCAACGCCCGAGCCGGUUUCAGAGCCCGUUCAAGAGCCUACGCCUGAACCAGUGCUUCCCGUCAGCCCUCUUAGCCCUGUGCCACCUCCUAAGGACGAGGCACCCCAGGAAUUGGCUCGGGAGAAUAUGGUUUCUCCUACUCCAUCAAGCCCUGAGAACAAGAAGAAGAAACUCCAGAAGGCAGAAAAGGAGAACCGCGGUUUCCGGAAGUUGUUCCGCAAGAACAGAAGUUCCAAACUACCUGAUGACGCUGCCGCUAAUGUUCAUGAGUUCCUGCGCCAGACCCAAGCAACGCCAGAGCCCCAGGCGCAGAAGCCCCUCACUCCAGCUGACACACCUGAGCCUGCAGCCGCUAUCCAGCGUGUUCCAGUGCCUCAACUCGCACAAGCAGAUGAGGCUGACAUGCCUACCCCCACACCUGCUGCUGAGUUUGUGACGCCAAUGGAGGAACCUGUGCAGCGAGUCGAUACACCUCAGAGGAACCAGGAUAUCGCGGAGCCCACUAUCGACCAGUCACAGAUAGCCCCCAGUGCUAAGGACUCGGCUCCUGCCCAGAAGGCAGUUCCUCAGUUCAACCAAGGCCCUCUUGAAGACCAGCCAGCCUUUGCUCCUGAUUCGGAUGAUGAAGACGACGCAACGCCUCCUCCUAUUCCCCGCUCACCCCGCCACUCCCCCCGGAUUGGAGGCCCAGCGCAGCCCGAGGAGAAGCUGAGUCACAGUGCCGGUCCAGGAGUUCAAGAUCGCUGGGCACAAAUUCGAAAGAACGCUGCUGAGAGGGCCGCUAUUCGCCCUGAUGAUCAGCUUCGGCCGUCGUACAGUAACAGCAACAGAACUGGAGAUGGCGAUGACGAUACAAGUGGAGAAGAGACUAUCGAAUCUCGUGUCGCCCGCAUCAAGGCUCGUGUAGCCGAGUUGACGAACAACAUGGAGAGUACGAAUGGUCCUCAGGCUAAUGCCACCCGUCAUUAG